AUGGACUGCGGAGACGACCGCGCUGCCGUCGCCGAACGCCUCGCUUCCUUGACUCGCGGGCCUGGUCGGGAGCUCCACGUCAUCUUCUUUCCCAGUAAAAUACUCACAUCUCUUCUCUCUUGUCUCUAUCUCUUCACACGAACAUUCAUCAUGAAUCAAGAACACAACAACACAACUCCAACACCAAAAGCUUCGUUAUUGUUGAUGGAAGAUAACUUAUGCAAGAGAGGAUCAGAGAUCUCAAGAAGCUCAUCGGUUGGAGUUUCCUCUAGACUCUUCUAUUAUUACCAUCAUCGGAGCCUCGACGAUGGAGUUCCUUUCAAGUGGGAAAUGCAGCCGGGAACUCCCAUCAAUCCUCCCCCUGAAGAAAUCGUUCCUCCGAUUACUCCUCCUCCGGCACACCUCAGCCGUAGCCUCACUAAACCUUCGUUCGGAGAAUCAAAUAAACGUUCUCUUUUUACGGCGAACGUUAAGCUUUGGAAAUGGAAGAAUAUUCGAAACAAAUAUUUCUCUAAAUGGUCAAGCCAAAGCAUGCUUAGUCGAGAUAAUAAGAAUGCUCGUCAUGGUGGUUCAAAUUCUUGUGGUGAAUUGGAGAGAACUGAGAAGUCUGAGGAUUACAGAUCAAGCUGCUCUUCUUUUUCUUCAACGUCAUCUUCCUCCAAAGAUCGGAGAUAGGUUAAGGAUUACGGGUGA